AUGCGCGUCAUGGAGCGCACUUUCCGAGAGCAGCUCUUCUUCCUGGUGCUGUGCCUGUUGGUGCUGAAGGGAGACUCCCGGUACAUCGAGAACAACGACAUCUCAAAAGAUGAAUUAUUCUCGUUUUUCAACCCGGAACUCAAAAGAGAAACACCUGAGGAGUUACUCUAUCGCCGACCUUUACGUUGUCUGGACAUGAUUGCAAUGGAGGGUCAGUUCACCUUCACAGCGGAGCAUCCUCAGCUCAGCUGCGCUGCCUUCUUCAUGGCAGAGCCUACCGAGGUGAUCAGUGUGGACUUUGACAAUGUGGACAUCGACUGCAGGGGAGGAGACUUCAUCACGGUGUUCGACGGCUGGGUGAUGAAAGGAGACAAAUUUCCCAGCUCCCAGGAUCACCCGCUGCCAAUGCACGAGCGCUACGUGGAUUACUGCGACUCGGGAUCCCUGAAGAGAAGCGUGCGCUCCUCUCAGAACGUGGCCAUGGUCUUCUUCCGCAUUCAUAACGCCGGCAGCAGCUUCACCCUGACAGUCAGGAAACACAUCAACCCCUUCCCGUGUAAUGUCAUCUCCCAGUCACCAGAGGGCAGUUACACAAUUGUGAUCCCGCAGCAGCACAGAAACUGCAGCUUCUCCAUCAUCUAUCCAGUGGAGAUCGACAUCUCUGAGUUCAGCCUGGGACACAACGUCAACUUCCCCAAGAGAUCCAUGCCUAGAUGUGCAGAAGCAGGGGAUUUUGUGCAGUUACUGGGAGGAAGUGGCAUUGACACGUCGAAGCUGAUGCCCAUCACAGACUUCUGCAUCUCUUUCUCUGGUUCCACUCACAUGAAGGUCGGCUGCGACAACACAGUGGUGAGGAUGGUGUCCAGCGGCCAGUUUGUCAACCGCGUGUCUUUCAGCUACCGGCUACUGGACAGCCAGGAGCUUCAGACCAUCAAACUCAACAACGUGGAAGACUUCUGUUUCAACAACUGA